AACAUCCACAAGGUUCACUAGAGUAUGUCUACUUUCACAGCAAUGGCCCUUCUUAAGUAAACUUACUAAUUCAUCUUUCACUUCGUGUUGUUUAUGUCCGCAAACCUGCGUGGGCACUCCAGCAGCAGCCUUUGCCUUCUGCAGCGGGGAGACUUGGCAAUCUGGAGUGUUUAAUUAGUCUCACAAAAACACUGAAAUGGACUUCCGGUUCCAAUGCCCGCCCCUAGGCUGUGGCUGCUUGCCUAUAGGAAGAGCCUGCCUCCUCAAGGACACAACCUAAAACGGCUCUCUCUCAGAACCGUUUCUGCGGCAACCAUGGCCGCCUUUGUGGAGCUCAGUACCAAAGCCAAGAUGCCCAUCGUGGGCCUGGGCACCUGGCAGCAGGAUGAUAACUUCCCAAACCAGCAUCAGUCUCCCCUAGAUCAAGUCAAGGAAGCUGUGAAGGCCGCCAUUGAUGCUGGAUAUCGCCACAUUGACUGUGCCUAUGUCUAUCAGAAUGAGAAUGAAGUGGGAGAAGCCAUCCAAGAGAAGAUCAAAGAGAAGGCUGUGAAGCGGGCGGACCUCUUCAUUGUCAGCAAGCUGUGGCCCACCUUCUUUGAGAAAAGCCUGGUGAAGAAAGCCUUUCAGAAAACCCUCACGGAUCUGAAACUGGACUAUCUGGACCUCUAUCUGAUUCACUGGCCACAGGGAUUCCAGAUGAUAAAGGCAACCUUCUUGCUGGUAAAUCCACAUUCUUGGAUGCUUGGGAGGUGGACUUUGAAUUGUGAACCUCUUGCCUUCACCCCCAACGUGGCUGUGAUUAUCAGCUUACACCUAGGCCCAUCUGCUGUCGUAAUUCCUCUCUCCGAUGCCAAACACAGCUUGCUGUGCUGUGAGGAAGGCCUUGAAGAUAUGUGGACCCUGGGCAUGGAGGAACUGGUGGACCAGGGGCUGGUGAAAGCCCUGGGCAUCUCCAACUUCAACCACGUGCAGAUUGAAAGGCUCCUGAACAAGCCUGGACUGAAACACAAGCCAGUGACCAACCAGGUCGAGUGUCACCCAUACCUCACUCAGGAGAAACUGAUCCAGUACUGCCGCUCCAAGGGCAUCACUGUCACGGCCUAUAGCCCCCUGGGCUCCCCAAACAGACCUAACCAUCUUUCUGCCUCUAGUGCCAAUCCAGAGGACCCUGUAGUACUGGAGAUUCCCAAGAUUAAAGAAAUCGCUGCAAAGCACAAGAAAACUGCAGCCCAGGUCCUGAUUCGGUUCCAUGUCCAAAGGAAUGUGGCUGUGAUCCCCAAGUCUGUGACACCCUCCCGCAUACAGGAGAACAUUCAGGUCUUUGACUUCCAAUUGAGUGAUGAGGAGAUGGCCACUCUUCUCAGCUUGAACAGAAACUGGAGGGCCUGUGUCCUGCGUGCGGCAAGUCAUAUUGAGGACUUUCCUUUCCACGUGGAAUAUUGAAGCUGAACUACCUGAUGAGCUUGCCCAGUGGCCCCUCUUCGAUGAUGUGAAAUCCACUCCUCAGGACUACUAUUUUUGCCCAGCCUACCAGAUAUCACACCAAGCCAGCCAUGAUAAGGCAAUUCUAAUUUUCAUGCCCAACUAGAAGCAGACUGUCACAGAGAAAUGUGACUCAGCAAAGGACAAUGGUUUUCAUUAAUUUAAUCUGGCCAAAUGUCUGUCUAACCCCAGGAAUACUGGUAAUCCUGAGGCUAUAAAGAUAAAAUAAUAAAAAUAACAAUAGUCACAAA